AUGGUCAGCCUGGGCCGGAAACUACAGCAGAGACCCAGUCUGUGGAUACUAUAUCUGCUGAGCAUUUGGGUGCUUGGGACACAAGCCAACUUUGUCGAUGUGAAUUCCUGCAGCAAUUGGCGGCAAUACAGCGAUACGCGGGGAAACAUAAGAAGCUAUGGCAACAAAUUGACUCAAGUCGAGAGCGCAGUCAGCGAGACUGCUAAAAUGACGACCGAAGCCAGCCAGGCGAUUGCCGCCGUCAAGGCCAAAAGAGCUGGAUUUUUUGACCGGAUGAGAACCCUCAUGCUUUUCUUUGCUCUCUUCGGUGACGCUGGAGGACAGCAAGCUUGGGAUGAUGCUUACAAUCCAAUCCUCGCACGAGACCCUAAUGCGAACCGGUGGUGGCCCGAAAAUGAGCGACCUUGUGAACCCAGCGAUGAUCAUUUUGCCUUGGGCGCUGACUUCAAAUAUGUGAUUUUGUGCCAUAAAGCACUGGAGCAGAACGGUGUGACGAUUGCGUAG